GGCUGCCAUAUGGUCUCGGUCAAGACUCUGCUGCUUUACCCCGAUGCAUGGCAACAGACACACGUGAGGCAUACGUAACUACGCAAUCGCCUGACAGUUUUGACACCGCCAUCCCCACGCCCGCGCCUUCGCCCUGCGCCCCAUUGAACAUCAUUGGCAUCCAUGCGCUUUCCUUCGAUAUUUUUAAUCUCUCUUGUUUUUCUUUACUCGCCAGCGACCUUUUUUUCUGGUCCCUUCCUUGGUUCUCCGCCAUCUCCUCAGUUGCAACGGCUUAUCGUGCAACAAGCCUGUUCUUCUUUCUAUCUCUCGCUCUCGCUCUCUCUCUCUCUCUCUCUCUCUCGCGCGCGCGCACGCGCGCUCUUGUUGCCGCAUGACCCGGCUUCAAGUCGGUCGCCUUCUCCAGCGGCAUCAAGUUUCUGCGAACCAGUAGCCUCAAACGCGCCUUUGGAAAGGCAAAGUUGCCUGCCAGCGACGGCUCUAUCGAUCCAGCUUGAGCGAUGGCCGAAGACCCACCACUCGCAGCACUCGGCUCCCAACACCUCACCUCCGCCUCCUUGGCUGAGGACCUGCUGAACGAAGGUGACGACGAAGAAGCAGAAGCAGUGGACGACGACUACGACAACGAGGAAGAGGAGGAUCCAAGAACCGCCUUGCGCAUCUCACAGCUCCAGGCCCAUGUCGCGUUCCUCGAAGCCCAACAGGCUCGUUUUAUGCAAGUGGCGCUGGCGCUGGCCACCGACCCUGAUGUGCAGGAACGCGUAUUUCAAAACUUGGCCCUUGUGAGCGCGGGCACCAUUGACUGUGAGCAGUCUGCUGCUGUUCCAAUGAGUCCGCAGGAGGACCUGUACCAGGCGGACAUCAGCGACGACGACCUGUGCUGCUCCCCUUUCACGCUCAGCCAGUCUUCCGUGGCUGAGGCUGAUGCAGGGGCACCUGGCCUGCUUCCGGGUGGCGUCCUGGAGGAGCUUGCGGCUCGCGGCGUGCACGAUCUCAUGAAUUCAGGAGCGCCCCUCUGA